AUGUUUUAUGUCGCUCAUUUUAAGCAGACAAGCAUUGAAAUUGAACAACUCAAUGCACGUGUCAUGGAAGCUGAAACUAGGUUGAAGACCGAAAUUCAACGCAUCAAGAAGAAGUUCCAGAUUCAAAUCACUGAAAUGGAAAUGUCUUUGGAUGUUGCCAACAAGACCAACAUUGACUUACAGAAGACCAUUAAGAAGCAGUCACUCCAAUUGACAGAAAUCACUGCUCAUUAUGAAGAACUUCAACGUCAAUUGCAAACAACAAUGGACCAAUACAACAUCGCUCAACGUCGCGUUCAAGCUUUGUCAGGUGAAUUGGAAGAAAUGCGUGGCAAUUACGAACAAGCCCUUCGUUCAAAACGUAACGCUGAAUUGCAAUUCGAAGAAUCUCAAUCACGUAACAGUGAAUUGAACACCAUCAACAUCAGCUUGCAAAAUACUCGCGCUAAACUUGAAGGUGAACUUUCAGCUUUGGCCUCUGACUACGAAGAAGUCACCAGAGAAUUACGCAUGAGUGAUGAGCGCUACCAGAAAGUACAGGUGGAGCUUAAGAGCACUGUUGAAAUUCUUCAUGAAGAACAAGAACGCAUUGUUAAGAUUGAAGCCAUCAAGAAGUCUUUGGAAGUCGAAAUCAAGAAUCUUUCUGUCCGCCUUGAAGAAGUUGAAGCUAACGCCGUUGUUGGUGCUAAGCGUGCCAUUUCCAAAUUGGAAGCUCGCGUUCGUGACAUGGAACUUGAAUUGGAUUCAGAGAAGAGAAAUCAUGCUGAAACCAUCAAGAUCUUGAGAAAGAAGGAACGCACAGUUAAAGAAAUUGUCAUCCAAUGCGAAGAAGAUCAAAAGAAUGUUUUGUUGUUCCAAGAACAAUUGGACAAAGCAAAUGCCAGACUUGCACAAUAUAAGCGUCAAUUAAGCGAAUAUGAGGGCUUCACAGCUCAAAACAGCACACGUGUUAAGCGCGUCCAACGUGAAUUGGAAGCCGCCGAAGAACGUGCUGAGGUUGCCGAAAGCAACUUGAACAUGGUUCGCGCUAAGCACCGCACAUUUGUCACAACAUCAACAGUUCCCGGAGGUCAAGGCUACUUAGUCUCAGAAACUGUCAUUCGCCGAUCAUCUGUUGAAAGAAAUUAAAUAUUUUUUAUUGCAUGCAUGUCAAAGUACUUCUUUCAAUCGUCAGCCAACAUCACAUCCAUCAAACAAAGAGAGAAAAACAAAUAAAGAAGCAAGAGAAAGAGAAAUGACGCUGGAGGACAAAAGUUCAUAUAUUUUUGAUCAAUGGAAUUAUUUAAACACACAUCGAAGCAAAUAGAAAAUUAUUUUGUAAUAAAUAAAAGAUUUUGCAAGCUUUGGAAAAAAAAAGAAAACAACAUUAAAAGCUAUCCGACUAAAUUAAAUUGAAUUUUUUAAUAUUUAAUUUGUAUUCUUUUUUAUUGAAAACAAACAAACAUUAAAAAACAAGAAGAAAAUUUUUUCAAUCAUCUUUAAAAGAAGAAUAAAUAGAUUUAAGGGAAAGUCCGAUGAGAAUUUAGAGAUUAACUACGUGUGCCUUUAAAGCUUGUUAUCGUCCCAACAUCUCCUUUAUUUUGUUGAUUUUUUUUUUUGCUGUUUCGAGUUGAUUUCGUUUUUAUCAAACGAAAGAAAAACAUUAUUGUAAAUUAAAAACUAAAAAACAUUUAUAAAAGUUUCUUCAAAAAUCCCAA